CGUUCUUUUCAGGUGACAGCUUGCACCAGCAAAUUGUUGCCGAGUGAAGAAAGUGACACUGGCAAGUGAAGUGUAGUGUUGUGUUGAACAUUUAAGUGUAAGUGACAUUUUUCAACGAUGUCCGGUUUCGUUAAGAUCGCGAUAGACGAUUACUAUUCAGACAACAAUUGGACGACAAUUAUCAACAAAUAUUGGAUGCUAGCGGAAAGGGUGUCAGAUCCCAGAGUACAAGGAUGGUUUCUGUUCGACACACCAAUAGCAACCUUCGCGAUGGUUGUCGCGUACCUUGCCUUCGUCUUGGUGAUAGGACCAUUAUGGAUGGCGAACAGAAAACCAUUCCGUAUAAAGAACGUCUUGGUCGGUUACAACGCAGCUCAAGUUCUUCUAUCAUUAUACAUGUUCUACGAGCACUUAAUGUCGGGAUGGUGGGCCGACUACAGUCUUUCCUGCCAGCCAGUUGACUACAGCGACAGUGAAAAAGCACGGCGGAUGCUUCAUCUAUGCUGGGUAUACUACUUCUCAAAACUGUCAGAGUUCGCAGACACAAUAUUCUUCGUGAUGAGAAAGAAGAAGAGUCAGAUCACAUGGCUACAUCUUUACCACCACUCGUUAACGCCAUUCGAGGCUUGGCUUUUAGUCAAAUUUAUCGCAGGUGGUCACGGAACCUUCUCGAACAUCAUCAACAACCUCGUCCACGUGAUCAUGUACAGCUACUACAUGAUGGCAGCCAUGGGACCGCAGUACCAGAAGUACUUAUGGUGGAAGAAACAUCUAACAACGUUACAACUAAUCCAAUUCUUCAUGGUUCUCUUCCACUCGAUAAGCGCACUGGUCUACGACUGCGGUUAUCCGAAAAUCAUCGCUGCUGGUCUUAUUCUUCAUUCAACAAUCUUCAUCGUCUUAUUUACGAACUUUUACAUGCAAGCUUACAAAAAGGAGAAGCCCAAAACAACAGUCGAUACGUGCAACAACAACACAACUGGAUACAUCCCUAACGGUCACGCGAAAGUAAAUGGACACGUUUCUGUAAACGGAAUAAAAACGAAUGGAGUACCAAAUGGUUUCAUAAAUGAAACCGAAGUACACGAAGAAUUAGUGGAUGAUAAAUCACUAUCGAACGGUUACACAAAUGGACACGUCUUGAAAGAAAAAGUGCAAUAA